AUGGCGGGCAGCGCCGGCGGCGGGGAGCUCGGCCCGGGCGCGCUGCGGCGGCGGCUGCGGAGCGCGGAGGAGGCGCAGCAGCGCCAGGCGGGGCUGGUGCGGCAGCUGCAGAACGAGGUACUGCAGUACCAGACCUGGUGUCGAGAGUUGGAGCAGCAAGUGAAAGCUGGAGGGGGAUCCCUUCCAGGCAGGUGGGAAGCCACAGCAGACCACAGCCUGGAGAAAGCACUGCUUCAGGUGGAAGAGGAGCAGCAAAGGUGUGAGAAUCUGGCAGAAGUAAACACUCUCCUGCGGGAGCACCUCGAUAAAGCCAGUGAGGUUAAUUCUGCCCUCAAAGAAGAUGUUGGAAAACUGACAGUGGAUUGGAUGAGGGCCCGGGAAGAGCUGGAGGUGAAGGAGAGUGAAUGGCGCAGUGAACGUGAGCUUUAUGACAACUACUUCAGAGGGGAACAUAACCGUCUGCUCAGCCUGUGGCGGCAGGUGGUGACCUUCCGCCGCCAUUUCCUGGAAAUGAAGACUGCCACAGACCGAGACUUGUCAGAGCUGAAGGCAGAACAAAUGAGGCUUUCUGGAUCUAUUCUUGUGAACUGCUCUCGCCUGAACUCCUGUGUGCAGCUCAGGGAGUCCAUACCUCUGGGUAAACCUCUCCUGAAGGAUCAGGCAGAGCAGGAAGUGAUAGCCUUUCCAGUCAGGUGUGACAUGGAGAAGAAAGAGCUUCAGGACAGGUAAAGGUAUGGGCUGUGCUCACAUUUAGCUGUCUCCAGUCAAACUCUUGCCUUCAACGGAAAGGAUGGAAAAAAGUAUCUGCCUGACAGGAAUUCUUCCAAGGUGAUGGAGCUCUCAGCCUUGCUUGUACAGUCUCAGAAGCAGAACGAGGAGAAGGAGAAGACCAUGAAAACACUUAACGACACAGUGGAGAUUCUAGAAUCAAGUUGGAUAGAGAAAGAAUUUGCAGCUUCUUUGACUAACAGUGCCAAGGAAGAGAAUCUUUUCCUUCAAAAGCUCAUUAAAAAUAUCACUGAGAUGGUGUUAGACAACAGUGACAGCAUGGUCAGCAUUAUAUGCACUGGCAAUUCCCAGCAUGCAGGCUCUGGAGACAUCUUCUCAGCUCCGAGAUCUGUUGAUACAGGGCAUGCCUUUGGAUUGGUUCUGGAAGCACUGGCAAGGAUGCGAGGGGCAACACGGGCCCUGAGAGAAGAGCUUUCUGCUAGGCAGGACUCAAACAAAUUCCUGCUGCAGCAGCAGAGACAUCAGGAAGAGAAGUGCAGGGAGGUGCAGCAAAGGCUUGAGCAACUGGAGGACAAAUGCAAGAAGUCCAGCAGCCACCAACAGCACCUUCAGUCUUUAGUAGAAAUGCUCAGAAGUGACUGUACAAACCUUGAGAAAACUAGGGAAGAGCUACAGCAACAGCUUGGAUUAAGGGAGCGAGAAGCCUUAUGUCUGCGUCAGAGUAACGCUGAGCUGCAGAUGAAGGAAAACUCAGAUCAGGCAGAAAAGGCAGAGCAGCAGGAGAGGAUGGAGAGAGCACGCCGUGAGCAGGAGCUCCUAGCGAAAGACUUGGCUGCACUUGAAGAAAAACACUCAUUACUGCAGAGCGAGUUGGUAGUCAAGGGACAGACACUGGAGAAAUUGCAGCUUCAGAAGGAUCUUCUGGAGCAAGAGAAGGAUGAAUUUGCAAUGGCUCUGGAGAAGGCAGAACGGUCAGUGGCAGAGCUGACAGGGGCUCAGAACAAGCUGAAUGCUGAAAGAGCUGAUCUACAGGCUGCAGCAGCCAAGAUGAGCAGCAUCAAUGAAGCUCUUGCAUUGGACAAAGUACAGCUGAACAAAUAUGUGUGGCAGCUGGAGCAAGAGAAGGAAGUUUUGUCUGCUAAAGUGGAUGAGAUGGAGAGAGCAAAGAUAUGUGAGCAGGAGAAGCUGAACUUCUGUGAAAGAGCAAACAAAGAGCUCUAUGCAGAGAAAGCCCAGCUAGAGCAGCUGCUGAAGGAAGCAGAGGAGCAACGGGAGGAGCUGUGGCUGGAGCUUAGGACACUGGGAGAGGAGAAAGCAGAAACCCUGGAGAAAUUCUGUCAGGUUUCCCAGGAACAAGAGUCAUUGGGCAGGGCUCUGGAGCAGCUGCGCCAGGAAUCCUCUGGCCAAGAGCAUGAAAUGGCUCAGGUGUGCAGAGAGAAGGAGCUGCUGGGCCGGGAGAAGGCUGCCCUUGAGGGUCGACUGGCAGCCACAGAGCGCCACCAACAUGACCUUUCCAAGCAGCUGGCAGAGACCAGGUCAGCAAAGGAGAGCCUGGAAUCCAGGCUGUUUGCUGCUCAGCAGCAGAUAUCUCAGCUGGAGGUGACCAGGAACCAUCUGGAGGCUCAAGUGCUCAUAGUCACACAGGCCAAGGAAGUGAUGGAAGGAGAAGUGAAGUGCCUGCAACAUGAUCUGGAAGCAGAGAGAGCUCUCAGGAGACAGGAAAGAGAAGACACAGCUCAACAGCUCCUGCAGGCAGAGCAGCAGCAUCACGAAAGCCUCAGGCUUCAGGAAACUGCUCAGCAACUGGAAAUAAAGAAGCUCCUGCAAGACCUGGCAAAUGAGCAUGAAAGGCACCAUGCAGAGAUGCAGGAGAUGCUGGAGCAAUGGGAAAAAGAGAAGGCAGAGAGAGAGCAGGAGCACAAGAAGGUACUGUUUGAGAUGAGGCAGAAAGUUGCCACCCUGCUGGCCCAACAAGAAGAGGAACAAACUAGAUUUGAAGAUGCCAAGCGAGAGGUUGGCAUCUUCAUUGUGUUCGUAGCCAAAUGGUCAACUCUAUCAGUUGAGUUGGAGUUGACCAACUCUGAGGCACCCAAGGGAUAUGAAUGUCUCUCAUGGUAUCUGUUGGCCUUGUGCUACAGGCUAACUCUGUCUCUGGAAGAAAAGGAUCUGAGCCUCAGAACCCUGGAAGAAAACAACCUGGCCCAGAUCAAUCAGGUGUCUCAGCUUCGUUCUGCCCUUACCCAGGCUGAGGAGCUCCACUCAGAGCAUAGAAGAGAAAUGCAAGAGCUCAGCACCCAGAUCCAGGCCCUGCAGGACACACUGCUGCAGAUGGAGGCUUCCCAGGCAACUCGAGAGCAGCAGCUGCUGCAGGAACUGGAGGAGUCUCGAGCAGGAGAAUGUGCCUUGAGGGACUCUGUGGACGUGCUGGAGGCUGAGGUGUCUGAGCUGCGUGUGAGGCUCCAGAGCUCCGAGAACAGAGCAGAGACCUUGGCCAUACAGUGUCAACAGGCCAGUGAUGCCCACCAGGAAACUCAAUCCCAGCUGGACAAACUGCUGUUGGCUCUCCACCAGAUGAUCAGGGACAGCAGAGACUUGGUCACUUGGAGCUCUGAAGAGGGUCAUGUCAUGGGUCUAACUGCUUCUCAGGCUGGAGAUGUCCCUGCAGAGCUCACAGUGGACAGAGUGGCAGCAGCUCUGCAACACCUGCAGCAGCACCUGGAACAUUCCCAGAAAGAUCUGAAUGAUGCAAGGAACAAGAUACAGGCCUUGGAACUGGAGCUGAGCACAGGGCAGGAUCAGAUAGACAAUCUCAGAGCCAGCAAUCAGGAGCUGCAGAUACAGUUGCAUGAAAGUCAGACAGCAAUGUUGAGGGCAGAGCACCAGAAGACCUCUCUAGAAAAUGCCUUGAAGGAAGAGACCAUUGCCUUGCAGGAAGAGGCUGUGACUCUUCGUCAGGAGGUGGCAUCUCUGAAGAGGAAAUUGGAAAACCUGGAGAAGGAAAGGAAGGAUGUGCUGGUGAGAUUGNNNAGACUGCAGUCAAAUAAAGAAAAAUUAGAGUAUGAAAUAAAACUUCUGAAUGAAUCAGUCACAGCCUCUGAAACCCGAGCAAAUACAGCAAUAGACAAGAAUCACUCCCUUGAACAAGAACUCCAAACUGCCCUGUCCAUGUUAAAAAUUAAAAAUGAGGAAAUGCAAAACCAGGGGAAGAAAAUGGAGAUUCUUCAGAAAGAGGCAGCAGAGACCAACGCUUUGCAGGAGCAUCUCACUCGUGUGACUGCCAUCCUGUCAGAGAGGGAGGGAGAAAUGAAGUUGUACCAAGAGCAGAUGAGACUGUUGGAAAAGCAGAAAGAAAUGCAUAAAACUGCUCUUAAUCAGGUUAUUAAGGAUAUAACCGAGAAAGAACAGAAGACAGAAUCCCAACAGGAACAGAUACAGGAGUUGGAGAAGCAGCAAGAAAAGCAGAGGAUCAUUUUAAGCAAAAUGAGCCAAGAGCUGGAAGAGAAGGACCAAGAGAUCAGAUCCCAGCAAGAACUGAUAAGGGAGCUGGAGAAGCAAUUAGAAUUGCAGAACUCUGCUGUCAGCAGGGUAAGCAAAGAGCUGGAGGAGAGACACCUGGAGAUCAAAUUCCAGGAGGAGAAAAUAAUGAUUCUAGAACAGCAUGGUGCAGUACAAGUCAGAAAUCUGCUUGUGGAUCUUGAUGAUAUGAAAGGAAACCUGAAGGAGAAAAAGUUGGAGCUUCUUUCUCUAACUCAACAGAUUCAAGAACUGGAAAAAGAGAGAGAAGAUGUGAAAUCUCUAAAUGCUAGCCUUGAACACCUCAGGACUGUUCUUAAGGACAGAGAGAGUGAGUGUGACACUCAAAGGGAAGAGUUAAGGCUCUUGCAGCAGCACAAGGAGCAGCAAGACAGGCAUCUGCAAGAGCUUCUUGGUGAAGUAGAAAUCAUGACACUUUCUUUAUCUAAGAAAGAUCAAGAGCUUGAGUCACAACAAAAGCAAACGCAGGAAGUUGAAGAAGUCAUGGAAAUGCAGUUAAAGACUGUCCGUGACCAACUGGAGCAGACCUUAGCAACCUUAAAAGAAAAAGAAAGACUUAUGGACAUCCAAAAGCAACAAACAAGGAGCUAUGAGGAAAAAAAAGAGGAACAGAUUAAUGUCUUGCACAGAGACUUAGAAUACUAUAGGACAAUAUUGAAAGAAAAGGAUUUAAUGAUUGAAUCUCAGAAGGAACUGAUUGAGACCUUCCAAAAACAAAAGCAAGACUCUGAACAGCAGAAACAAAUUCUGCAGUGUAUUCAAGUGGAACUAAAGGAAAAAGAGCAGGAAAUUUUGUCCCUUAGAAAGCAAUGUGAGGCAUGCAAGGAAAAGGUGGAAAAGCAUGAAGCCGAGCAAAGACAUUUCCAAGCAACAAAUCUGACUCUGAAAGAAAAAGAAGACAAGAUUUGUGUUCUGGAGGACGCCAUCACAAAGCUUCAACAGCAGAAGGAAGAAACAGCGGUGCACACUAAAGCCAUACUGCAAAAACUAGAAUACGCUGAAUCUUCUCUUGAAGCUAGACAUCAAGAGAUAGUAUCUUUGCAAGUGCAUGUCCAGGACCUACGAGAGCAGAAGGAGGUGGCAGGCAAGCAGGCCAAAAGUCUAGAGCAGGAUCUAGACAAAGCAAGGCAGAUGUUGAAGAAGAUCAAUUUGGAGUUCCUCAAGCAGACAGAGCAAAUUAACACGUUCCAGCUUCGUGAAGAAAGCAUGAAAGUAGCACUAACAUCAUGCCAGAAGCAAGUGACUCUAUUUGAGGAAGUGAUGAGGAAGAAAGAUGAGGACAAUGACACUCUUAGGCAAAAACUCCAGCAUGUAGAAGAAGAACUAAAGACUUUGCAGAAUCCCCAGCUUAGGCUAACUGAGAAGAAUGAAGAGGUUAGACAUGAUGAAGAGCAAGAACCCCUGAAAGAAACCUUCCCUGAGAGAGAAGAAGAGAUCAUGGCUCAAAGUGAGCAAAAGCAGUUAGAAGUGGAAAUAAGAGCUCUUCGGGAAGAUCUCCAGCAUGUUCAGCAGACUCUGACAAAGAAGGAUAAAGAGAUCAAGGACCAGACAGACAGAAUCAAGUAUUUAAAGAAGACUCUGAUAGAGAGAGAACAAGAGCUUAGGAGGCAGAGUGAGCUCCUGAAAGAAUUAACAUUGGCUUUACAAUGGAAAGAUGAAGGGGAAACCCAAAAGAAACAAAUUCAAAAACACCAAAAAUGGGAGGAGGAAGAAGUAGAGAAGAGGAAAAUUCUCCAGGUGAGAGACCAUCUCUUGCAAAGACAGAAGGAAAUUACCCAACAGUUGGAAGCUGAGAGGGAAGCCAAUGAUGAAGAGUUGGCAUAUGUGGCUGCUGCUUUGAAGCAGAGAGAAAACAGAGAACAUGAAUGGAGAGAGAACGCUCAAGUCAUGAGUGCUGCACUGAGCAAGAGUGAAAUGGCCAAUGGGAAUCUGAAGAAAGAAAUAACCAUCCUGCAGAGAAUGAUUUCAGAGAGAGACACAGACCUAUUUCAUCAACAGCAGGCUGUUGCUGAAGGGGAGCAGCUGUCAUGGCUGUCAGAGAAGAGACUCAUGUUGCAGAGCCUGGAAUGUCUGCAGCGAGCAGUUGCAAAGCUGGAAGAUGAUAAGGUGGAGCUCAAGCAACAAAACACUGAACUCAGGAGGACUCUUGAGCAGGUGGAACAUGAACGGAGGAAACUGAAGAGAUGUUUUAGGGGUCGGUUAUUCCCAGAUGCCUCUGGAUUUUCUCUCUCUGAGUCUGACCAGUGCAAGUUGCCUGCUUCUGGACAGGAGGAGUCUCAUGCUCACUGCAGUCAGCGCUUAGUUGAAUUACAGAACCAGGUGUCCCUGCUGCAGGCACAGCUGGCCCAAGACCGACAGCACUGGCAGAACUACACUGAGAGCUGUGCAAGGACCAGCCAGGAGCUGUCAGACCUUCAUGAGGAACUGUCCUGCUCCUUUGCUGCUGUGCUCAAAGAGCCCAGAGCUGCUGUUCUGGAAGAAGAGGCUCGGAAGCUGGAUCGGUCUCUGAACCUGAACUCAGCACUGACAUCCCUGGGCCAUCAGUCUCUGGAGAGACAGCCAGAGUACCCAAGAGCCAGACCUGCCAGAAGCAAUGAUGACCUAAGGUAACAGCAUCUCUGGUCUCCAUUUGAAUGGAAUGAUUUCUCCUAAGACAGAGAGCUCAUGGAUGUGAGAAAUGGAAUCAACUCCUCAGGGCAGGGGUACUCCCUGCCUUGAACAUUGGUUGGUUUCACAUUUAUCUCAUGUCAAACCUCACCUUAUGUUAAGGAUUAGGAUCUUUGAAACAUUAUUUCAUGAAGUAGGUGAUUUCUAGGACCAAAAUAUGAAUAUAUGAGAACAGCAACACAGGUAAGGAGAGAGAAUGAUGCAUGGAGAAUGAAGCCCGAACAAAAAAAGAAUAAUACUUGACCAGUAAGACUUGUGGGUGACAUCUGUCCAAAAGCAGCUACUUAAAAUAAAAGGACACAAAGACUGCUCUACAAGCAAUUAAAGUAACAUAACAGUUUGUGGUGUUUGCAUUAGCAAGCAUCUCCUAGGAACAGGCAUUUAAAUUUUUUUAAUAAAAUGUUUUCCAGAAGAAAA